AGAACAGGGAGGGAAAAAACGAAGAAUAGAGGAGCGACCCCUUAGAGACUCGAGAAACGGCAAUUGAACCUUACAAGAGGUCCGUUACCAGCAGACUCGAAAAGGCGAUAAUGAAUGGAUGAAGCUGGAGCUGGAAAAGGAAAAAAAAAUUCUCGAGAUAAAGCGAAAAGACGGAGAUGUAUCAGUCACGUGAGAAUCUAGUUCUUUUUGGGUUAGGACGCUGAGAUUAGCUAAGCACAUACAAAUCUCUAGAGUUUCAGUUGUUGCUGUGAACAGUGUCUCUUAAAUUGGCAGUACGUGUUAAUUUACUAUAUUAAGUAUGCCGAUAGGUGCUUUUAAACGACCUGAGGUGCUCUAUUAUUAUAUCUCUCUACCACACCAGUAUCCUCCCGGCGCAAAAAAGUCCGCAGCCACAAAAAAUUCCCACCUGCGGAAAGCAUUCGAGGCUUUGAUGCCGUGAUAUAUCGCCAAUUUGCCGUUUAUAUUCCCCGAUUGCCAAGGGCAGAGAAGCCAACAUGCUGCAGGAAAGACUGCGUGUCCUUGUUGUAGGGAGUGGUGGUCGAGAGCAUGCAUUUGCUUGGAAGCUCAGCCAUUCGCCAAGUGUCGAUAUUGUUUAUGUUGCACCUGGAAAUGGAGGUACGGCAGCAGGCGACUCCAAGAUAACCAACGUCGAUAUCAAGGUCGACGACUACGCGGGAUUGGUAGCGUUUUCUCAAAAGAACGAUAUCAAUCUUGUCGUCCCGGGCCCUGAAGCCCCGUUGGUGGAUGGCAUACAGAAAUUCUUUCAAUCCGUUGGAAUCAGGUGUUUUGGUCCUUCACAGGCUGCAGCACGCAUGGAAGGCUCAAAGACGUUUUCCAAGGAUUUCAUGAAACGCCAUAACAUCCCAACCGCUGCCUACGAAAACUUCAACGAUUAUGCCGCAGCAAGUAAAUAUUUAGACUCCGUCAGCCAUGGUGUUGUUAUCAAAGCUAGCGGCCUUGCUGCCGGGAAAGGAGUUAUUAUCCCCCAAUCGAAGGAAGAAGCUCAAAAGGCUCUACGGGAAAUUAUGCUCGACCGACAGUUUGGAGAGGCGGGAGACGAAGUCGUUAUUGAAGAAUUCCUUGAGGGAGACGAGCUUAGCAUUCUUACAUUCUCCGAUGGGUAUACGGUCAGGUCUCUCCCACCCGCGCAAGAUCACAAACGCAUCUUUGACGGAGAUCAAGGCCCCAAUACGGGAGGCAUGGGUUGCUAUGCGCCAACACGAAUUGCAUCAAAGGAAGUCCUUGAAGAGGUUGACAGAACUGUCAUUGUACCCACCAUUAACGGAAUGAGGAAAGAAGGUUUCCCAUUCGUUGGAAUUCUAUUCACUGGACUUAUGAUGACCAAGAACGGACCCAAGGUCCUUGAAUAUAACGUCCGUGGCGGUGAUCCAGAAACACAGACUCUUUUACCCCUCCUGAGCGAUGAUACUGAUCUAGCUGAGGUGAUGAUUGCCUGUACUGAUCAUUGGCUUGAUGGCGUCACGAUAAAAAUUGAGCCGAAAUUUUCCGCAACCGUAAUCGCCGUCGCGGAGGGCUAUCCAGGUUCCUACGCGAAAGGUCGAGACAUUUCUCUAGCUACACCCGCCGCAGAUACCCUAAUUUUCCACGCGGGCACUACUCUAACGAACAACCACCUUAAAACUUCUGGUGGCCGAGUUAUCGCGGCGACUUCGACAGCCGCCACUCUCGAGGACGCAGUCAAGAACUCCUACACGGGCAUCUCCACCAUCCAUUUCCAAGGGAUGCAUUACCGCAAGGACAUCGCGCACCGCGCCUUCAGAUCCACAUCCACCACCGCAACCUCCACCUCCGGCGCCGAAUCCCUCACCUACGCCGCUGCCGGCGUCUCCAUAGACGCGGGCAACGACCUCGUCAAACAAAUCAAAGCCAACGUCGCACAGACUCGACGCCCAGGAACCGAUGCAAUAAUUGGCGGCUUCGGCGGCACCUUCUCCCUCUCAACCUGCAACUCAGGCUUCCACCCCUCCUCGCCAACCCUAAUAGGCGCCAUCGACGGCGUCGGCACAAAACUCGUCAUUGCCCAUGAAAUGCGCACGCAUAAUACCGUCGGCAUCGACCUAGUAGCCAUGAAUGUCAACGACCUCGUCGUCCAGGGUGCUGAACCCCUCUUCUUCCUCGACUGCUACAGCUGCGGCAAGCUCGACGUCGCCACCGCAGCCGCAUUCGUGUCCGGCGUCGCGGCCGGCUGCGUCGAUGCCGGUUGUGCAUUGGUCGGCGGUGAAACAGCUGAGAUGCCCGGGUUAUACGUGGGCACGAGUUAUGACGCCGUGGGCGCGGCGGUUGGGGCGAUCGAUACCGCAAAGCGCACAAUUCUCCCCGACUUGGAGAAAAUGCAGGUUGGCGACGUGCUCCUUGGCCUUGCCAGUAGCGGCCCGCAUUCCAACGGAUACUCUCUGGUACGAAAGAUUGUCGAGCGUUCGGGCUUGUCAUACCACGAUGUUGCGCCCUUUGAGACCACAGCCUCGUCCCUGGGUGUUGCGUUGCUGACCCCUACACGGAUCUAUGUUAAGCCACUUCUAGCGGCGCUUGCUACGGCUCCAGGUGCGAUUAAGGGUCUCGCACAUAUCACCGGUGGCGGACUGGUGGAGAAUAUUCCUCGUGCGUUACCAAAACAUCUAACAGCUCUUGUUGAUGUGGCGUCAUGGUCUUUGCCGCCGGUGUUUAGAUGGCUAAAGAAGACCGGUAGGGUUACAGGGGCGGAGAUGGGGCGGGCGUUUAAUAACGGGAUUGGCAUGGUUAUCGUUGUUGGGAAGGAGAAUGCGGAGCGUGUGAAAAGUCUGUUGGAGGAAAAGGGAGAAAAGGUGUUCGUUGUUGGAGAGUUGGCUACGCGUGGAGAGGACGAAGGCUGCGUGUUGAAAAAUUUGGAGAGCUGGGAGUAAAUUUUGAUGUUUGGUUGUUUGGUUACGGAUUUUGUACGUCGUUUAUGACUUUCUCUUUGAUAGAUCUAUUUUAUCUUUCUGUUUAGUGCUCGGUACAUUGACUGUAAAUUUUUUAAAAGCAAUACACUACAUUUGGCUAUUGGGCCGCUCACUUCCCCUCCUCUUUGAUAAGUUAGUAUGAACUCGAAGGCCCCACCCAUGCUUAUGCAUUUAUAGUCGGGCGCGUUUACUUUAAUUGGCGCAUACAUCACUUUAUUUCAACCUCUUCUUAUUACGAUAAUCCCGCGAAAGUAGACAAAUACCUACUCACAGUUAUUCUCCCUCAUCAACAGACUGUAAAUUAUUAAGGUGGAAUAUUCGUAAAUCAAAC